AUGUGUUUGGGAAAAGAUGGUACAAACGGAAGCUUGGAAAUGCCAGCUGACCAUAGGGAUAUACCUGAAGAUAAAUCGAGCCAUAAAAAAUUGGAAGAAGAGAGUUUUGUCAAAUCAUUGAAAUUAAGUUGUAGAUCAAACUCCUGCAAUAAAAAUCAUACCAUAUUUAGAAAUCGUUUUACUUGUGAAAUUGUCUCCACAUCUAUUCCUCUUAACUUGGCAAACCUCUUCGUCAAAAGUGGAUCGAAAGAUGAGAAUAAAAAACUAAGAAAGUCGAAAAGAAAGACUCUAGAGUACCUCCGGUUCCUGGAGCACCAGGCGAAGCCACAAAUUCUUCUAAGAAAUCUGUGA